AUAUCUUCCAGGUGGGGCUUUGACAAAUUCCCUAAAGAGACGCCUCUUGUUUUUUAUAAGGCAGGGCAACCGAUUCAACCUCCCUUAGAGAUGUUUGAUGGGCUUAAGAUUGUUCUCGAGAAUAUGAUUGCCUACAUAGAAAAAGAAUUACCAGAGAAAACACGUAAAUUUUGGCGCUUGCAAUCGCCAAGACACUUUCACGGGGGUGAUUGGAAUCAAAAUGGUAGUUGCACAUUGGACGAACCCCUUGAUGAACUUCAGCUUGACCUGUGGUUUGAUCCCAGAUAUGAUGGGGUUAACAAAGAAGCAAGGCGACUAAAUCAUCUCAUCGAAGAGGUUCUACAAGGCUCAAAUAUCAGAAUCCUCGAUCUGACUCACUUGAGCGAGUUCAGGGCAGAUGCCCAUCCUGCAAUUUGGUUGGGGAAAAAGGACGCUGUGGCUGUCUGGGGUCAGGACUGUAUGCACUGGUGCCUUCCUGGUGUUCCAGAUACAUGGGUUGAUAUUCUGGCCCAGCUCAUCAAUCAUUAUAUUUUGGAGACAGGGUAAUCAUUGAUUCGUUGUGGAUGGUUGCAAAGGUUUCUUGAAUUAUUUGCAGCUGAGCUCAUAAUAGAUCAAAGAAUCCGGGCUCAUAUUUUUGACACCUAUUACAAACUUGCUGAUCUGAAGGAGGUGGUAGAACCAGUUCACUAAUUUCUGUUCAUUUAUAUUCUUUCUAGCACCUUUGAUGCUGUAUAGCCUUGUUCAUGUUCUUUGGUUUGCGAUGGUUUUCUUGCGAGGAAAAAUGGAGGCAGCAGAUGAUUGAUUGUAAACAAAAAGGCCUAGAGUUCAUACUCUAUGAAUUAUUAUUUGUCCUUUCACAUUAUACCUCAGGAGGAUUUGUUCCCCAUUUUGAAACUUUGUAGAACAUGUAUCAUCAUUUUUAUAAAUAGUUUUCUUCUUUGUUUCCA